AUGGAUGGAGGAGCCGAGAUGCGCUGGGAGGAGCUGAAACUGGAGGACCGCUCCGUGGUGCCCCGGGACGUGGUCCGGCACAUGCGCUCCACCGACAGCCAGUGCGGCACCGUGAUCGACGUCAGCAUCGACUGCGCCGUCAAGCUCAUCGGCACCAACUGCAUCAUUUACCCCGUCAACAGCAAGGACCUGCAGCACAUCUGGCCCUUCAUGUAUGGAGACUACAUCGCCUAUGACUGCUGGCUGGGGAAGGUCUACGACCUGAAGAACCAGAUCAUCCUGAAGCUGUCCAACGGGGCCAGGUGCUCCAUGAACACAGAAGACGGUGCCAAGCUCUACGACGUCUGCCCACAUGUCAGCGACUCAGGUCUCUUCUUCGACGAUUCCUACGGCUUCUACCCGGGCCAGGUGCUCAUCGGCCCCGCCAAGAUCUUCUCCAGUGUCCAGUGGCUGUCGGGGGUCAAGCCCGUGCUCAGCACCAAGAGCAAGUUCCGGGUGGUAGUGGAAGAGGUGCAGGUUGUGGAACUGAAAGUCACAUGGAUUACCAAGAGCUUCUGUCCAGGGGGCACGGACAGCGUCAGCCCCCCACCCUCUGUCAUCACCCAGGAGAACCUGGGCAGGGUGAAGCGUCUCGGGUGCUUUGACCAUGCUCAGCGGCAGCUGGGGGAGCGCUGCCUGUUUGUCUUCCCGGCCAAGGUAGAGCUGGCCAAGAUCGCCUGUGAAUGCCCAGAGAAGCACUGCGCCCAGGGGGAGGGCUCGAUGGCCAAGAAGGUGAAGCGCCUGUUGAAGAAGCAGGUCGUGAGGAUCAUGUCCUGCUCCCCCGACGCCCAGUGCUCCAGGGACCAUUCUGCGGAGGAGCCAGGCAAGAGGGGGGGGACCAAAGCCAAGAGUGAAACGGGGUCCGCCAGCCCCGAGGAGACGCCUGACGGGUCCGCCAGCCCCGGGGAGAUGCAGGACGAGGGCCCCGAGGAGGCCCUGGAGGCGGGUGAGCCGCUGCCCCCCUUCCUCCUGAAGGAGGGCGGAGACGACAGGCUGCACUCCGCCGAGCAGGACGCCGACGACGAGGCUGCUGACGACACGGACGACACCAGCUCGGUCACCUCCUCCGCCAGCUCCACCACCUCCUCCCAGAGCGGCAGUGGCACGAAUCGCAAAAAGAGCAUCCCCUUGUCUAUCAAGAACUUAAAGCGAAAACACAAGAGGAAGAAGAAUAAAAUCAUCCGUGACUUCAAGCCGGGCGACAGGGUGGCGGUGGAGGUGGUGACCACGAUGACCUCAGCAGACGUGAUGUGGCAGGACGGCUCCGUGGAGUGCAACAUCCGCUCCAACGACCUCUUCCCGGUGCACCACCUGGACAACAACGAGUUCUGCCCCGGGGACUUCGUGGUGGACAAGCGAGUCCAGAGCUGCCCAGACCCCGCUGUCUACGGUGUGGUGCAGUCUGGGGACCACGUGGGCCGCACCUGCGUGGUGAAGUGGUUCAAGCUGCGGCCGAGUGGGGACGACGUGGAGCUGAUUGGAGAAGAGGAAGACGUAAGCGUUUAUGACAUCGCUGACCACCCUGACUUCCGGUUCCGCACAACCGACAUCGUCAUCCGCAUCGGCAACACUGAGGACGGAGCUCCUCCCAAGGAGGAUGAGCAGCCAUCGGUUGGCCAGGUGGCCCGCGUGGACGUCAGCAGCAAGGUGGAGGUGGUGUGGGCCGACAACUCCAAGACCAUCAUCCUGCCCCAGCACCUGUACAACAUCGAGUCUGAGAUCGAGGAGUCGGACUACGACUCAGUGGAAGGCAGCACCAGUGGGGCGUCCUCCGAUGAGUGGGAGGACGACAGUGACAGCUGGGAGACGGACAAUGGGCUGGUGGAGGACGAGCACCCCAAGAUAGAGGAGCCCCCCAUCCCACCCACCGAACAGCCGGCGGCCCCCGAGGAGGACAAGGGCGUGGUGAUCAGCGAAGAGGCUGCCACAGCCGCCAUUCAGGGGGCUGUGGCCAUGGCCGCCCCGGUGGCCGGGCUGAUAGAGAAGGCCGGCAAGGACGGGCCGCCGAAGAGCUUCCGGGAGCUGAAAGAGGCCAUCAAGAUCCUGGAGAGCCUCAAGAACAUGACGGUGGAGCAGCUGCUGACGGGCUCCCCCACCUCCCCGACGGUGGAGCCCGAGAAGCCGACGCGGGAGAAGAAGUUUCUGGAUGACAUCAAGAAGCUGCAGGAAAACCUCAAGAAGACCCUGGACAAUGUGGCCAUCGCGGAGGAGGAGAAGAUGGAGGCCCUGCCGGACACAGAGCGCAAGGAGGACAAGCCCGAGGCGCAGUCUCCCAUGAAGGCCGAGUGGCCCAGCGAGACGCCGGUGCUCUGCCAGCAGUGCGGCGGCAAGCCCGGCGUCACCUUCACCAGCGCCAAGGGCGAGGUCUUCUCGGUGCUGGAGUGCGCGCCCUCGAAUCACUCUUUUAAGAAAAUUGAGUUCCAGCCCCCAGAGGCCAAGAAGUUCUUCAGCGCAGUGCGCAAGGAGAUGGCGCUGCUGGCCACCUCGCUGCCCGACGGCAUUGCAGUCAAGACUUUCGAGGACAGGAUGGACCUCUUCUCAGCCCUGAUCAAGGGCCCCACUCGCACCCCCUACGAGGACGGCCUCUACCUGUUUGACAUCCAGCUCCCCAACAUCUACCCGGCCGUGCCCCCCCACUUCUGCUACCUCUCCCAGUGCAGUGGCCGUCUGAACCCCAACCUGUAUGACAAUGGGAAGGUGUGUGUCAGCCUCCUGGGCACCUGGAUCGGAAAGGGGACAGAGAGGUGGACGAGCAAAUCCAGCCUUCUCCAGGUGCUCAUCUCCAUCCAAGGUCUGAUCCUGGUGAAUGAGCCGUACUACAACGAAGCCGGCUUCGACAGCGACCGGGGCCUGCAGGAGGGCUACGAGAACAGCCGCUGCUACAACGAGAUGGCGCUGAUCCGCGUGGUGCAGUCCAUGACCCAGCUGGUGCGGCGGCCCGCCGAGGUCUUCGAGCAGGAGAUCCGGCAGCACUUCCGCACCGGUGGCUGGCGGCUGGUGAACCGCAUCGAGUCCUGGCUGGAGACGCACGCCCUGCUGGAGCAGGCCCAGGCACUGCCCAACGGCAUCUCCAAGGACAGCGGCUCUACAGGGCCGCCUGGCGUGGCCGAGCUCUCGGACAGGGACCACACAGACCAGGCCUCGGAGGCAGCGCCGGACGCCUCAGUGCCCCCCAGUGUCAAACCAAAGAAGCGGAGAAAGAGCUACCGGAGCUUCUUGCCUGAGAAGAGCGGCUACCCUGACAUCGGCUUUCCCCUCUUCCCGCUUUCCAAGGGGUUCAUCAAGAGCAUCCGGGGCGUCCUGGCCCAAUUCCGGGCCGCUCUGAUCGAGGCAGGCAUGCCUGAGAGCACAGAGGACAAGUAA